GCUUCGCGUGCAGUAGAGUAGACUAGAGAGAAAAAGUGCCAAAAGGCAACAGCAGAAAUAGAAAACAGCUAAAAGGCCUCUUCCUGUUAGUGCCAUUAAAUUUGAGAAACAAAGAAUGCCAAUUUCAAGAAUUGCAAUCGGAUCCCCAGCUGAGGCCAGCCAGCCUGAUGCCCUUAAGGCUGCCUUGGCAGAGUUCAUCUCGAUGCUCAUUUUUGUUUUUGCUGGAGAAGGCUCUGGCAUGGCUUUCAGCAAACUCACAGAUAAUGGAUCAACCACGCCAGCUGGGCUUGUUGCUGCAGCAAUUGCCCAUGCCUUCGCCCUGUUUGUGGCCGUUUCAGUGGCUGCUAACAUUUCAGGGGGCCACGUUAACCCCGCUGUUACGUUCGGCGCCUUUGUGGGUGGUCACAUUACUUUGCUAAGGAGUGUUUUGUACUGGAUUGCCCAAUUGCUUGGCGCUGUGGUUGCCUGUUUGCUUCUGAAGUUUUCCACUGGUGGACUGGAAACAGCAGCAUUUUCCCUUUCAUCUGGUGUGAGCGUUUGGAAUGCACUAGUUUUCGAGAUAGUGAUGACUUUUGGACUGGUGUACACAGUUUAUGCAACUGCACUGGAUCCAAAGAAGGGGGACCUUGGAAUCAUUGCCCCCAUUGCAAUUGGUUUCAUAGUAGGUGCUAACAUCUUGGCUGGUGGCGCCUUCGAUGGUGCAUCCAUGAACCCUGCCGUGUCCUUUGGACCCGCUGUUGUCAGCUGGACAUGGACAGGCCACUGGGUCUACUGGCUCGGCCCCUUCGUCGGUGCUGCCAUUGCUGCUAUUGUGUAUGAGCUCUUCUUUAUCCACCAAACUCAUGAGCAGCUCCCCGUCGCAGAGUACUGAGUAGGGUUCGUUGUUGUUUUUCUCAAAGUACCAUUCAUGGUGAAAGAAGUGGUUAGGUUUUAGAUUGCCACAACGCCGUCAAGGUUUCUUGCUCAUGUUUUUUAUCUUUUCAAAUUUGUCAUGAAAUAUCUUUUGCCUUCUGUUUGCUGUGUAAUUCAUGUGAGAAAAGCUUGUCCUCCUGUUUCCAAUGGAAUCAUCUGUUGAACUA